GUUCACACUUUUUUUUAUCAUUUGCAUUUUUUUCUUUCUCUUAAUCCUUAUCGUAAUGACUACGGCCAAUACAGAAUCAAAUAAGCAGCAUCGUCCAAAACGAAUUGAACUUGUGAUUGUACCAGGAAGAAGUCUUGGACCUUUUCGUUUAGGAUCUUCAUUGUGGGACACAUUACACUUUUUAUCUGACCGGCCUCAGUUCUUUCCGUCAGUUGAGUUGAAAUAUAGUCAGGAGGAACCCUCUGACCACGACUUUAUCAUUGCUUUACCAUCCAACGGUAUUAACCUGAGAUACGAUGGAUCACUUCAAAGACUAAAGUCAGUUGAGUGCUACGAUCCCACCAAGGUUAAGCUCGUUUAUCAAAAUAGCGAUGUCAGCUCGAGUAGGACAAUCCCAACUUUUUUACUAAUCUAUAAAUCGUUCGGUCCUACUUAUCCAGGAGAGUUUGACCCAAAUCAAAGCAUUUAUACGCUAAAAUAUCCCGGACUAGCAUUUGCAUUUCCUAUACCGACAAGGCAUCAAAACCUUUAUAAAACUUCAUCUGAUUUACCACUUGAGUUUCCUGAUGGUACAACACCCAUUGCAUCGAAAGUGAUCUUGUACAGUAACAGCAACACGUGGCAACAAGCUGCCGUUCCGCCGUUGCCCAAGAUCCUUGCUGAGCACAACGGGAACAACUCUACGAAAUACGGCAAAUCGGGCAAACGUGAAGUAGAGACUGUGAUUGUGAAGCCUACCAAAGGAAUUACCUUAAAUUUUCCCGGCCCUGGCAGCAUAGACGAUAAAUCCACAAAUAACCCACCCAUCAUUAACAAUCCUGUAAUCAUCUCUUUAAAUUCAACGACCGUACAAGAUAUAUUAGCAGAUUUAGGUAAACCGUCCAGAAUAUUUUACAAGGAAGAAGACAAGAUGAAGAUUCAUUCUGUGAAUGAUCAUGGAAAUUUGCUGUAUAAACCGCCACAUCCAAUCGAAUCCAAGACUGCUGAUAUAACUGCUGAUGAUAAAGACAAAGAUCCAUUACUGGUACAGCCAACCGAUUACUUCUUGAAUUAUUUUCAUUUGGGUAUAGAUUUAUUAAUAGAUGGCGGAUUACACAUCUGCAAAAAAAUCGUGUUGCAUGGUAACGUGCCUGGCCAUUUCGAUUUUCAAAGGUAUAAACGCUGCCCGUAUCAAAUGCUUUUUCCCAAAAACAAAAACAAGAAUAAACAGAACAAUUCGGUGCUGGUAGACGUGGAAGAUGAGAAUGUGAUUACAGGAGAUAUGAAGAUUACGACAAUGCAGGAACUUAUACCAUGGGAGACAAGUAACACAAUCAAGGAGAAUACACCCAAUGGCGGACAGCAAAAACCCGUCAUACUCACCCGUGGCUCAAGUGAGCAAAAUCCGUUUGGGUCAACUUUUUUGACAGGUUAUGAUGAAGGUGUCGUCAUGGAAGUGAUGAAGAAUGGACAUGUACCAACCAUUGUCUUAUAUUAAUGCAUCCAGACAAAUUUCACACACUUUUUUUUUUCUGGUGUUCACGUGUGCAUGGGGUAACAUAAAUAAAUAAAAAACUAAAAAUUCCCUUUUUUCUUUUC